AUGUUGGCAUUCCUUAGACACCCGGUUGAGAUUGUUUCAACAUUGUCAAAGCUCUUCCUGUUACGAGCUUUUCACAAUUGCCAAAGUGAAACAAUAAAAACCACGUUCCAAGAGAGACUUGUCAAUGAUGUCAAAGAUAGCACAAAAACUGGAGUGGUGGGGACAUUAGAGAGCAAAUCGGAAAUCGAAAAGAAAAUGCAAGAAGGUGGUCGUCCUUUGUCUUCAUCUCCACCUCCACCUCCACCUCCACCUCACCCUCCCACCGAAUCGCUCGCUCGACGUUACAACAAAGUCGUUUGGCGUACUCUUCUUCUUUCCAAUCUUGUCCUUGGAGUCUAUAUGCUUGCAAGGGCAGGAAAGAAAGAAAGAGCUGCAGAGAACAGGAAAGCUAGAGCCAAAGAGCCCUCCACUCCAGUUGCAACUACUGCCACUUCUGUUCCUGAGGAACCACUCCUCUCUCCUCCAAUCAUUGAGCCUGUGAAGGUGCACGAGCCCAUUCCUGAGGACCAGCAGCGUGAGUUAUUCAAAUGGAUAUUGGAGGAAAAGAGAAAAGUGAAACCCAAGGAUCGUGAAGAGAAAAAGCGAAUUGACGAAGAAAAGGCACUCCUCAAAGAGUUUAUUCGUGCCAAAUCUAUCCCGAGUCUCUGAUUCCUAUUAUUGACAGAUUGUGCCCACAGAAAAUUAUCAUUUGAAACGUUACAUUUAUUGGUGUAUAUCAAUGGCUAUGGAUUUUGUGGUACAUUUGUAGGGCAUUCUUAACCCAUCUCAAUUGAUACCCAUCUGGCCUUACGUUGUUGAUCCUUGUUCACAGAAAAAGGAACGUUCCAUUGGCUAAUGGGGUUUUUACCUGGGUUUAUGUUCGUUUGUUUCGUGGCUGUAUCUUUGGAUAGAUACUGGACAUCGGCGGCUUUGCUUUCUUUUUCAGUUGUUUUUUAUUCACUGCAAUUUUCCAGUAGAAUCCUUGAGGAACACCCAUAUCUCUAUUGUUUUGACUGACGUGCUAUGGGUGAACAAGGGAGUUCUCUUGAAUAAAAGUGGUGUUUGUGUCA